AUGCGAUCCGGGUCCCGAUCCUCAGCCACCGAUCGCCAAGAUCGGCCACGUGCUGAUUUUUUCGGUGGCGGGCGCGUACCGGUGUGGGCGCUUAGCGUGCUCGCCGCCAGCACUGAGGAGAAGGAGGCGGCGCCGUCCUCGCCUUCCCCGCCGUCCUCCUCGUCCUCCUACCAUGUCAAAAUGCACUCUCAGGCGACUACGGCUAGCCAAAUCAGCCUCCCAACUUACCCCGCAUCCGACGCGCCGACUACACUCCAGUCCGCGGUCUCACUGGCGUUCACGGAAGGUAGUAGUGCAGACGCGAAGAGCUACGCCGUCAGAAACAAGCUUUCGGACCUUCGUUUCCUCACGAGGCGCCUGCGCCCCGAGCCUGGCCUAGUCUGGGCCUGCUACAUGGAACUGCUACAACACCUCCGCUACGACAAGCUGCCGCUCGAGGUCCACCAGGAGGUCCUGCGGAAUUGCACGCUACCCGCGACUCACCAGCGAGUUGCCUCUGCCACGAGGUUUACCAGCCGAGAAAGGAAUCGGAUGGUGCACAAGGACGAGGCGCGGUUCAAGACCGUCAUCCGUAACAUUCGCGCGGCGGGGCUCACGCCUAGCCUCGACGACUAUCACUACAUCUUGGAGCAGUUCGCUGCCGUGGGCCAUCACCGGGGUGUCAUGGAGGUCAUGGAGGAGAUUGAUCGGGUGGAAUUGCGGAAGUCAUCCCAGACGUAUGGCUUGUGUCUGCAGGCAUUAUGUCACCGCCUGUCAUUGCCGUGUGCCCCAGACUUACGUUCCGAGCUUGUGGACGAAGUCACGAAACUCUGCAUGAAACUGCAAGUGGAGAUGCAGGAGAAGGCAGUGCCGUACACGUCCGUGAACGCCGACCUGGUCCUUCGUAUACUCAAGGAGACCGCCGAUCUGCCAGGUUUCGAGAAGCUUUUGAAGGGAGCGUAUGGCAUCGACCUCUCAUUCCCCGACCGGCCACCGCUGGAGCUUUGGGGUCAAGCAUCGAGUGCAGAAGGGCAAGGGUCGUCAUUUUCAGACACCAGUAGAUCGGCCCAAGCGCGACCGCCCCCAUUGCCCUUUUCAUCGGCGGCCCUCACCACCACCGUAGACUUCCUUGGAAGGUUAGGAGAUGUAUCGAAACUUGUACAAGCGUUCGAAGUCCUCACGACGCCUCUUCCCACAAAAUCUGCGACCACUUCUCCAGCCUAUGACGAAGACGAGGAGGACGACUUUGGCGUAUCCAACCCCCAGGUUGCACCCUGGCGGACACCGUAUGCAGUACCAAAUACUACAACGUACCACCUGCUUCUGAAGCAUCUGGCGCGAGCAGGAAAUGCUCCGCUCGCGCGACACUACCUGUUGCAAGCUAUCCGGUACGAGAAUGACGUGGACUGGCAGGUCCGGCUCGCCUGUGCGCGGAAGCCUCGCUCCGAGAUUGUUGGUCCACAUAUGGCCGUCAACCGCUCGAUGAUUCUCGCGGUGUUUGGCGUAGCCAACCGCUCCAAUGAUCUGGAGUUGAUGCGCUGGACGCUCUACAAGACGGGACAGGCCAUUAGGCGGAAACGGGAUUAUAUCAAGUACUACGAACGGAGAUUACAGCGGUGGAGUGACGCAGACAAGGCGGCCAAGGAAACGUCCGCGGCCGCUUCAGCCACGGAGAACGCGACUUCAGCGCCUUCGGAAGAUGCUCCGGCGUCCGCCGAUUCAUCCUCAUCUGCCGUGUUCUCUUCGUACUUCACCCCUUCCUCAGCAUCCGAGGAAGUCGCCGACAAAACCGUGCAUGUUCCGCCCACGCCCUAUUUCAAUGUCGAUGUCGCGACGCCCGCGCCCUCCUCUCCGACCCCGCCGAAACCCUUCGAGAUCGUGCGACACCUCAUCAUACUUCGCCAAGACCUGGAGCGUCUGCAGGAGCUCGAGGAGAGAAUCGCAGACGGCGUGGGGCGCGUGGGGCAGCGCAUCAAGGAGAAGCUCGGCCGGCGGGUGUGGAAGGGGAAGGAUAUCUACAUGCGCGAUCUGAAACGCCGUGUGGUCGUCAGCAAGGAGGAGUGGACGAGGAAGGGAAGCAAUGGACCCCCCAAUAUGGGCCAGGGCAGGAUUGUACUAACUCACGACAUCGUCUUGAUGCGGUGCCACAGGAAAGCGCGCAGACGAUUCCCUGAAUGA